AUGCCAUUCAAGCGAUCCUUCAAUACCGUUGGAAUUCAUUGUGCUGGCGAGGUCUGCGAUGUCAUUGUCGGAGGCGUUCGUGACGCCCCUGGCAAGACCAUGUUUGAGAAGAUGAUGCACUUCUGGAAGAAAGAAGACCAGAUCCGUCAGCUUGUUCUUAAUGAACCCCGUGGCAGCAUGAAUCAUUGUCACAAUCUCGUUCUUCCACCCUGCAACCCUGAAGCUGAUGCCGGGUUUAUCAUCAUGGAACACGAGGAUUAUCCGCCUAUGUCCGGCGCCAAUGCACUUGCCACGACAACAUGUCUCCUGGAAACUGGCAUGAUCCCUAUGCAGGAGCCUGAAACUGUUGUCAAGUUGGAUACUCCAGCGGGCUUGAUUACUGUCUACGCCGAGUGUGAGAAUGGGAAGUGCAAGAGCGUCCGAUUCCACAAUGUUCCCGCUUUCGUUUUUGCCUUGGAUAAAGAAGUCGAAAUCCCUGAACUCGGAAAGAUCAAAGUUGACAUAGCCUACGGCGGCAUGAUCUACAUCCUGGUGGAUGCUGCGUCAGUGGGGGUCAAGAUAAAGAACACCAACGGAGCCAAGAUUGUUGAGCUUGGAGAGCGUAUCAAGCGAGCUGUGGCGGCACAAACAGGCUUCAGUCAUCCUGAGAACGCUGAGAUCAAUAUUAUGUCCGUCCUUGAGUUCACAGAGCCUCUUGAACCGUACAAGGAUGGAAAGGCUGCUACCAACACUGUUGUUGUCUCUCCUGGUCGACUUGACCGAAGCCCAUGUGGCACUGGAACUUGUGCCCGAUUAGCGGUUCUAUAUGAAAGAGGACAAUUGAAUGAAGGCGAACCCCUCUAUCACCGCAGCGUUAUCGGAACUGAGUUUAUCGGUCGUAUCCACGGUACGACUAGGGUAGGGAAUUACAGUGCCGUUUACCCUUCUGUUACCGGGAGCGCCUGGAUCACCUCUUUCAAGCAGGUUGUUUUAGAUAGCACGGACCCAUUCCCAGAAGGUUUUCGAGUUGGCGACUCAUGGCACCUGGAUCCCGAGGAUUAA